CAUACCAUUUGGAAAUAUCAAUGCUACACAAUUUGUGAAACGUAGGCCCCCCGAUUUAAACCGAAAAUUUUCUUCGAAAGAUAAAAAUAAAUUGUGAUUGAUCAUCAUUUGUUGCAUUAACUAAUGAAAUUUCGCCAGUUAAGAAAUGUCUAACAUUUAAACCGCUCAACAGACGAGUGAGACUUUCAUAAGUAUGUGCCAGUGUUAAAUGGUACUACUCUCAUGAUUUCACUGCUUACGAGCAAGUUAUGCAGAAUUUAAUAAAAUAUCCAAAGCGACAGUAUGUCGAUUCGCGAAGGUAUCUGGUUUCCUUUCUUAAAUAUAAUUCGAAGAACACCAUAUCCAGACGUAUCAAUCUUAAUAAUGAUGCGAGUAGGUUAUGUCUUCCGGUAACACAUCGACUUUACUUAAAAAUACAUCAAGAAUUGAAUGCGAUACAAUCAUUACUUUUUAAAAAUGAUCCUCGUAGAAGGUGCUGUUUUACAACGUUGUACAGUACGAGGAAUUUUAGUACAACACCGAGAUUAUCAGAUAAAAAUACAAAUAAUGAAGGAGCUUCUAAAGAUCCUAACAAGAAUCCUAAAGAUCCCAACAAACUCAUAAUGAUACUUCUAAAAAUAUUUUUCAUUCUCCCUUUUAUAGUAUUUAUUUCCAUUCGAACCAUGCAGUUUGACGUUAAUGGUCCUUGGCAGGGAAAUAAGUUUAAAUGGAAUGAUUUUAAAAAUGAGAUGCUCUUAAAAGGAGAAGUCGAACAAAUUGUAAUUGACGGCCAACUUGUAACUAUACAUUUGAAACCAGAUGUUAUUUAUAAAGGUCGAAGGUUACUAAAUAGACGGUUUACUGUACUGGCCACCGAAGAAGCAAAAAUUCUCGAAGCUAAAAUUAGAGAAGUAGAAAAAAGUAUUGGUAUUAAAUCAGAGGAUGCCAUUCCAAUUAAGUAUGUACAUAGCGACAGUGGUGCUUUUAUAAUAAAUUUCCUACUUUUAUUUUUAGUAGGACUAUUAUAUAUGUUUUUUAAAAAAAAGUCUGGUUUUCGUAAUAUGGGAAUGAAGUUCCCAGAUCCAAGGGAUUUGAUGAAUCAAAACCUGAAGGCACCAUUUACAUUAGUUGAGCCUUUUUCCGGUAAAGGUGUGCGAUUCGAAGAUGUAGCUGGUUUAAAGGAAGCCAAAAUAGAAAUUAUGGAAUUUGUAGAUUAUCUUAAGCAACCUGAUCGAUAUAAGAAACUCGGUGCUAAGGUACCCAAAGGGGCGUUGCUCUUGGGCCCACCAGGAUGUGGCAAAACGCUUUUAGCUAAAGCCGUUGCAACCGAAUCGAACGUUCCGUUUUUGUCGAUGAACGGAUCCGAAUUUAUCGAAAUGUUGGGUGGAUUAGGUGCAGCGCGUGUAAGGAAUCUAUUUUCAGAAGCUAAAAAGAGAGCCCCUAGCAUUAUAUAUAUAGAUGAAAUUGACGCGGUGGGGAAAAAACGGUCAGAGGGAAAAAUGGAUUUCAGUAACGACGAGUCCGAACAAACAUUAAAUCAACUUUUGACAGAAAUGGAUGGAAUGACGAGUUCGGUGGAUGUUAUUAUUUUUGCUUCAACAAACAGGGAAGAUGUUCUGGAUAAAGCUUUAAUAAGACCUGGUAGAUUUGACAGACACAUUUUAAUCGAUCUUCCUACCAUGGAAGAGAGGAAACAAAUUUUUGAGUAUCACCUUAAGUCAUUGACACUGCAAGGCAAACCAGACAAUUAUUCUGGAUUCUUAGCUUCUCUUACUCCUGGUUUCAGUGGUGCGGACAUAGCAAAUGUCUGCAACGAAGCUGCGUUGCACGCGGUAAGAGAAAAGAAAACUAAAGUCAGAAGCGACGAUCUUUUGUACGCGAUCGAUAGAACUGUAGGUGGCACAACAAAAAAAACAAAUGUAUUAACACCAUCUACGAAAAAAGUUAUUGCUUAUCACGAAGCUGGGCAUGCCUUGGUAGGAUGGUUAUUAGAAUAUACAGACACUUUACUCAAAGUAACCAUAGUACCCAGAACAAAUUCGAACUUGGGUUUCGCGCAGUAUACUCCGUCAGAUCAGAAACUAUACAACAAACAAGAACUUUUCCAAAGAAUAUGUAUGAUGUUAGGUGGUAGAGUUGCAGAAAGCAUAACAUUCAAUCAGAUUUCAACUGGGGCGGAAAAUGAUUUAAAAAAAAUAACACAAAUAGCCUAUGAUCAAGUUCAAAGAUACGGAAUGAGUCCAACAGUAGGCUUAAUUUCGUUUCCUGAAGAUAUGACAAGCACGAAAACUAAAAAAUUGUACAGUAAAAAAAUGGGAAAUUUAAUGGAUGCUGAGGUACAAAGAAUAAUAGCAGAUGCGUAUAAAACAACUGAGAAAUUGUUAUUGGACAAUAAAGAUAAAUUGAAAAUGCUUGCCGAAGCGCUUCUAGAAAAAGAAACUCUAACGUAUGACGACGUGGAAAAGUUGCUUGGUCCUCCACCUUUUGGAAAGAAACGACUCGUCGACCCGAUUAAAUUUAUUCCGGACAUAGAAACGGAAGCACCAAAACCAACACAUUCUAGCUCGGUUUGAUAAGUAUAUGUACCAUAUGAUAUAGUAAAAAAUAAAACGAUUUCAAAAUGAAAUUUGUCACAGUAUUUUUCAUAAUACAAUAAUCCCUCGAAAUGUACACAAGGAAUAUUUUCUCGCAAUGAACGAAACAAAAUAAAAGGUUCGUAAAUUUAUUUAGAUAAAAACAACAUUUUCACAGAAUACUUUUUGGAAAAUACGAAUUC